UUGCUUGAGCUCCUACCCCUUGAAGAGCUGAUUUUCCAAGUGCCUGCUCUGUGCCCUGCUUCCUGUGUAUCCUUGGCUAUAGCUUAAAAGUAUAAAACUGGCUGUGAUGGCAGGAGGGCCCCCUAGCAUCAAGGAGGAGAUGGAAACAUCCCUGGCUGAAGAGCCGGUUCCUGGAAGCUGUGUGCAAAACCAAGAGCACCUGGUGAUAGCAGAAAUGACGGAGCAUGGAUCCCAGUCCCUGGGUGUCUCUCAGCGGCGACAAAAGUUGGAUGCAAAGCCUGCUGGCUUUGCUGCAGGUCAACCAGUUUGGAAUAUGACUGCCACCCGGCCCAAGAAAACGGGGUCCCAGCUGCCAAUGCCCAGAAUGUUGAGAGAACCAGGCCAUGGUGGUGCGCACCCCCAGGAGUAUCCUGGUGGCUUCCAAAACAUGAGAUUCCAUUAUGAGCGCAACAUAGACGCAGAUAUGGUGGCAGAGAUUGGCCUGGAAGAGCUAAAUGGACUGGAGAUGGAAGUCAUGAGAAGACAGAUGCACGUGAUCACCAGCCGGCUGAGAGACCUGGAGGACCAGGGUGCCACCUGGCGCCACAGGGAUGCUCUGUUCUUCACCAUGCUGGUGUCGGUCUGCAUUGCUAACCUGUGGCUGUGGAUGCGCCAGUGAUGCCUCAUGCCGCCUGAGCCCACUUCUUCCUUUUCUUCCCUUUUCUCCCUGAGCUGCCCUUGUCCAUCUUUCUUCCAUCUUCCAGCAAUCCUUAGCAGCAUCAGAGCCAUUUUCUAACUCUGGUUACACAGCUUGCCUGGGGGAGGCCCUAGCAGCUGGGAGGUAAAAGAAGUGUGGCGUUCCAAAAGUCUGAAUGGGCUGAAAUGUAGCCACUUUGGAGAGUGAGGAGGGUGACAUCUUGUCCCCACAGUAACACCAGUGGCAGGUGCUUCCUGCUUGCCCAUCAGGGCUCCAUAGUGACCAUCUCAGAGCUGAAACUUGCUUCUGUGCCCUCAGUGUCCCUUCUGUUCCAUCCUCUGUGGCAGGGGCUUGGCUGUGCAUUCCGUUUUCUUCCACUUUGUGUACAGGGCUCUACACAGAAAAUGCACUCAAUAAAAGUUCACUGAUAGC